AUUUAUUAAACAAAUGGGUGAGAAAUCAUCUUCAUACAUUACAGCUUUGAUAAUUGCAAUGAUUCUUUCAGGGGCAGCUAAUACGAUAGGUAAUAUUUAAAGAAAUGAAUAUUUAGUGUAUAAAUUAUAAAAUACAAGCACAGUAUCAGUAGAUGGUUGGAAAGCAACAAAUUUCAAUCAUCCAUUUAUGCAAGCAACUACAAUGUUUUUAGGUGAGUCUUUAUGUAUAUUGUUAUUUUUAAAUGUAAAAAAGAAACCGGAAUAUAAAUAAGAAUGUAUUGAAGCAGCAGCAAAAGGGUAUAUAUAGAAAUUUGAUAUAUAAUAGAGUAAAAACAAAAGUUAACUAUGGAUGGGUAGCAAUUCCAGCUAUGUGUGAUUUAACAGCCUCAACAUUAGCCUAUAUAUCAUUAAAUUACAUUCCACCUUCAAUAUAUUAAAUGUUAAGAGGAGGAGCAAUCAUCUCAACAGCAGUAAUGUCUAAAUUCUUUUUAAAAAGAAAAAUAAAAAAUUUUUAAUGGUUUGGGUGUGGAUUAGUUUUGGUUGGAAUAACUUUAGUUGGAAUGAGUUCAUUUUUAUUCCCACCAAAAUAGGACAAAAAUGAUGAAGAUUCAAAAACAGAAAUAGGUGCUGCCUAUUUUAUUUCAGUUGGUUUAUUAUUAUUGUCUGUUAUAAUGAAUGGACUUUAAUUUGUUUCUGAAGAGAAAUUAUUUGAUGUUUAUUAUUUACAUCCUUUUGAAAUAGUAGGUAUUGAAGGAUUAUGGGGUUUUUCAGUUUACGUUGUUUUAGCAGUCUCAUUGACUUUUAUACAAUGUCCAACUUCUAUGAAUGAUAGUUGUAUAGAAAAACGAAUGACUGGAAUGUUUUAUUUUGAAAGAGCUGAUUUUUAUUUUUUACAAGUUGUUAAUAGUGGAUUAUUGUUAUUUUGGGUUAUUUUAGGUAUAUUUACAAUUGCUACAUUUAACAUCUGUGGUGUAUCAGUUACUAAAUAUGUAUCUUCUUUAGCUAGGUUAUGAUUUAUUUUAUAUUUUUAGAUCACUUGUUGAUGUCUCAAGAACAUUAAUUAUAUGGGCUGUUUCACUAGCUAUUACUUGGAUUGAUCCAGAGUCUAAAUGGGAAAAUACUAGAUGGGAAGCUAUUAUUCUAGAACUAAUUGGAUUCUGCAUUUUAGUCACUGGAAAUCUAAUUUAUAAUGGCACUAUUAAAUUGAGAUUUCUUAAUUCUGGCACUCAAGGUAAUAUAUUUAUAUUAAUCCUUUUAAGUUGAUGAUGCAGCUCAACAAUUUCUAGAUAAUUAGAGUGGAUAAUCCUUAUAGCCUCCAUGAAGC